AGUCCGCCGCUGCCAUGAGAGCCGUGACUCCGCGGAGGGGCGGCCGGGGUGGUGGAGGGGCGGUCGACUCUCCGGCGUCGCGUUCUCUCAGCGGUUCGGCCACCCCCACGCUGGUCGAGUGUCCCGGUAACGACGAUGAGAGGGAAAGGCGGCAGCGCCGGCGCUCGCGGGUGGUGGACCUGCAGCUCGGCGGCACCGAGUCACCGCUCAGUCUCUGCUCUACGGCGCCCAGGCAGGCGGACGCGUCGCUGCCGGCCCUGUCGGGAUGGACGAACGCGCAGAUCUCGGAGCAUUACUCCGCCUGCAUCAAGCUGUCCUCUGAGAACAAAAUCAACACCAAGAAUGUUUUUGGCUUACAUCUGAUAGACUACAUGACAGAUAUACUGAAACAGAAGGACUCCGAGCUGACCAACUUCAAGAUGGCAGCUGGCACCAUUGAUGCUGGCGUGAAGAUCUACGCCGUGCGUGUGGAUGCGGUCCAUGCAGACACAUACAAAGUCCUUGGAGGCUUAGGCAAGGAGUCAGCACCUACGAAAGAUGUGGGCAGCCCAGAAGAAGAAGAAGACAGUACAGCUUCCAGUUCUGCCAAGAGAGUUCAAACAAAGAAAAAGCACUCCUUCAAAACGAUUGAACAGAACUUGAACAACAUCAAUGUGACAGAGGCUAAUCGGAGAUGUGAGGUUGAUCCCAUGUUCCAGAAAACAGCAGCAUCUUUUGAUGAAUGCAGCACAGCUGGCAUCUUCCUUACCAGUCUGCGUACGCAGAGUUGUCACAGUGAACUCCUUUUUGACUCCAAGAUUGUGCCUCUCCCAUCUUCAGAAACCCUUGUUCUGCCCAACAGUGAUCCUGUGAAAGUGACGGAGUUGAAGUCGCUGCUAGAAAAGUGUGUUUUAAAAUGUCCCAUCUAUUCUACGCUGGCUGAUUUCCAGUUCACGCAGUGGGAUGCUGAAUCCCAUGAAGAGUCAGUAUCAGCCCUGCUGGAUAAAUUUAAGAAGAGCGACCAAGUGUUCGAUAUCAAUGCAGAAAGAGACAGUGAUGUGGAAGAUGGUGUUCCUGCCCUGUCAGAUGAUGACUUCAACACGGACUCCCCCGGGAGUAUAGCAACAGAAAAGAUUGGGGAAUUUGUAGGAAACAAAUCCUUCACGACAGUCUGUGAGAGCAAGAAAAUUGAUGCGGUUUCUUUCGGAGAAGGAGACAUUGGGACCAUGUGCCUUCAUCUCUCCAUGAAACCAGGGGAAUACUCCUACUUCAGCCCCCGAACUCUGUCAAUGUGGGCUGGCCCAGAGCACUGGCGUUUCAAACCUCGACACAAAUCAAGUGCUGACUCUGAGAAAGAGAACAAGAAGAAGAAGGCAAAGAAAGCAUUUGAAGUGAACUUUGAUGAGGAUGUUGACUUUGAGGCAUAUUUCCGUAAGACCAAGGCUGCUUUAACUCUGAGCAAAUCCAUUCUGGAAAACCAGAACGUGAAGAGCACCACACUUCCUGCAGACUUCAACUACAACCCUAACAACAUUGUCCAGCUGUUCCUCAAACCAGCUGCUAAGCUCUUCAGACUGCCUAAACCAGGCAGCUCAUUGGAUCACGAAGAUGAGAUCGGCGAAUAUGAUUACAAUAACCCCAAUGACACCUCCAAUUUCUGCCCUGCAGCACAGGCUGCAGAUAGUGAUGAUGACAAUGACCCCAUUCAAUUCGUGAACCAAACAGGGUUCAACCUUACCUCUCACCCUGAAGGUCAAGAUCACGAGCUCAAUGGGGUUGAUGGUGUUGAUAUCACGAUGUAUGGGGAGCUGAACCUCAUCGCUGAGCCUCAGAAGGUCAAUAAGAUAGCAAUUCAGUACGCAAAGACAGCCAAGAAAAUGGACAUGAAGAGGUUGAAGCAAAACAUGUGGGACCUUCUUAUUGAUAUAAAGAAAAGCACAGAAGCAGAGAUUGAAGAUGUGGAGAAACAGAGUGACACAUCAGUGGUGACAGGGGAGAAGGCCUUCAGCAGCAUCACAAAGGAACUGCUUCACAGGUUGCCUUCUGUGAUGGCUAAAAAUCUGUCUGUCCCUUUAGCCUUUGCCUGCCUCUUGCACUUGGCAAAUGAGAAGAACCUGAAACUGAACGGCACAGAGGACCUGUCUGAUGUCAUUGUGAAACAAGGUGACUGAGCCUUGUGUGGAGCAGCUCACCCAGACUGACCCACGGGCUGGAGCUUUGGCACCCCACUGCACAGUGCUUGUUCUGCAGCAGUGGCAGGUUUUCCUCUUCCCAGCAUCGCUGCUGAGAAGUCCCACUGAUGUGCAUCUCAGGAGGACUUGUAAAUUGCAGGCGUGAUCAUACAGAUGGACAGCUGCUGCUCAGCCUGCCCUCUUCGAUCCAUUCCUUCUUUCCUGGGUUCAGGAGCAAAGUUCUGCAGUUCCUCUGUGAACCAUCCAUGACUGUGAGCAGAAUGUUGCUCCGUUUGUCUAUAACUCUCAGUACAGAGUGACUUACUGAUGUUUCCAGUUUUUACAGUCCUUUUCCUUUGUCUGGUCUUUCCCUAACGUGACUGAUACCGACCUUACCAAUAAAUUCCUACUGACUUCUUA